AUGAAUUUAUUUCAACAUGCAAUUCAAGGUCAAGUUUAUUUGAUAUUUUUCUCGUAGUACAAAUUGAAAAAGAAAGUAUUCUUGAUAGAAUGGCGUAUAUAUGGAACAAAUUAUAUCAUACAGAAUAUAGUAGCUUUAAAUAAAUAAGUAGUUAGUAAAUGCCUGAUUAAUAUAAAACAUUAUCCUUCCUGUAUUCAAUUAAUCAAAGCAAAUUUAUUAUAUGUUGAAAUAGUUUUCCCUUUACAAAUUUUGCUGGCUUUCUAGUAGAAUUCAGGGAGCCAAGCGAUAACGCAGGUCAAAAAGAUAAAUAGAUAUUUCUCAAAUAAAUUUAGCAAAAGUGCAAUAAAUAGUUAUGAGUUCUUUAUUAUUAGUAUAUAUAUUUUAACUUAAGUAAUUUUUUAUUAGAUUAUUGUAGCGAUAGGUUUUUUAUUUAUUAAUGGAUUGAUAAAUGAUUGA